AUGGCCGCCAUCAACGAUCCAACCAUCGCCCUGGGCGACAACUUCACAAAGCUCUCUGGGCCCGAGAACUUCAGAGACUGGUUCCAGUCUUUCAAAGACAUUGCAAAAAUCCACGGAUACGCUGAACACUUCAAGGACAACGCUGGAGUAGUCACGAAGCCCAUUGCGCCCGCCUUCCUCGCCCCUCAACAAGCCGCCGACCAGGGACAAGAGCAAUUUAUUCCGCAGGGUUGGGAGUACCACCUCGCCGUUUACAACACUCACCUUCAAGAAUGGAAGGACCAUGAUGUGGCCUCUCGCUCAGCUUUGGCCCUCCUCCACGCUGCUAUCGAACCAUCGGUGUGGAAGGAAGUCAGAGACGCCAACUCACCAGCAUCCGCGUUGAAGGCCGUUAUCAACCACAUUAACGACCAGACACCAAACGAAGUCCUGUCAGACCGCGCAUGUGAAGUGAUCAGCUCUCUUGACGACCUAAGGACGGCAACUGCGGUUCGCCAAUUCGUCGUCGACUUCGAGGAGCUCUACGGAGACGUCGAUUUCGCAAACGACACUUCAAUCUGGGCUAUCGAAAAGAUCAAUGAAGCUUUGCCUUAUGGAUACCGCACGUUUGUCGGAAAUUGGAAAUAUGACAUCAAGGCCAUACCUAUCACUGGCAGGAUCUUCCAGUUGUAUCGGUCUCGUCUUAUCAGCCAUGAUGAAGGAGGCGACAACCCGAAAAAGAAAAGGAAGGUUCGCAAAUCCUCCGCAUGA